GGCGAACAAAUGUGGGUUGCGACAGAUAUAUAUGUGUGAGGACAUGAACACAGUCUACUGGUAUGUAGCAGUGCAAGCUUGGCUCCCGCGCAUCACAUGAUCAGCUAGACUGCUGGUUUCUCCGCCAUCCCUUGCGCGUUGCCAAACAUCUCCUUCUCCACUUGCUGCCGAGACGCCUCCGCAGCCUGCACACAUGCAGUCAGAGACACAGAUAGAUAUAGCCACCCACUGAUUUGCUGUGCGAUCGACCCACCUCGUAGGAGAGGAUUUCACUGGGAGAGCUCUUGCGGACCAUCUCGAUCACCGUGCGGUUCCUGAAGUCGGUGUCGUCCGCCCUGAUGCUCACCAGCAGGUGAUCGAAAACAGAUAUCGUCGUGGCACUCGACUUGUGGCUCAGAGUCUGAGAGACACGCAAAGCAGGGAGUUCGGGCAUCGCAUCGCACCGCAUGAAGGACAACACAGACACGACGCAGGCACCUGUUUGUCUUCGUCGAAUGUGUAGUCGGCUUCUUUGAGCAGCACCACCCCUUCGAUGCCGAAGCGGGGGAUCGACACCUGCACGCCGUUGCGCCGCACACGCACCACCACUGAAUCAGCCGUCGAUGGGCCCUGCAGACAGAGGGAGGGGAGAGUGGCACGAAUGUCGGCUGCACAUCCGUAGACAGGGUUUGAGUGAGUGCGGUAGGUACCUUCUUCUUGAAGUAUAUGUAUGUGUGCAGGUCGACGGAUGCCCGGCCCGCCCACUGCGCAUUGCGGUGCUUGACGUUGAUAACGUCACACUGGUCCGAUAUCUGACCACCAACACCACCAAACACACACCGUCAGGCAGGCUGCCAGCGGUCGGUCCAUGUCUGUGGUGCCCGGCGGCGUGUGUGUAACCCACCUACCCGGUCUUUGUGUGAGAGUUGGUCUGGGAGGCCUUCGAUGUUGAGGCCGGCAGCCAACAGCCGAUGCACCAACACGUCCGCGUACCUGUGUACACGACACAUAUGAAGGCAGGCAGGCCAAUCCAUGUGUCUUGUGUGAUUGAUGGCAUGGCGUACCUGCGAAUGGGUGAGGUGAAGUGUGUGUAGAGGUCCGCGGCCAGGCCGUAGUGGAAGAAUUCCUGACGAUCCACCUCACUCGUGCAGAAGUACACAGCCUGACCGAUAGAUACAUACCACACACACGACACACCAGGCAUUCACCAUCAACGACUCCAACCCACCCCCCCUCCCCCCCACAGCACAGGUGCAUGCAGCAAUACAUCGACAUCAAUGCAUGUAUGGGUACCUGGUUCAUGCAGCGUGUGGUGAGUAUCCGAACCAGCUUGUUGAAGUAGGCGUCAUCGCCCUUGACGGCACGGUCCAGGGACUCCGCCAGCUCCUUGGACGAACCAUACCUGACCCAACAAUCGACCGACAGAGCCACACAAGCCAUCCAUCCAUCCAUCCGCGUGCCUCUCUCUGUCCAUCUGUCUGCAUCACAGCAGGCUGGCCCACUUGAAUUCGGUGAAUCCGUUGGAUGCGAGGAGCUUCUUGAGGGCCUUCAGGGCGUCCUCCUUCGGCGGCGGGUGACGCCUGCACUCAUCCAGCCAUCCAACCAUCCAUCCAUCCAUCCAGCCAUGCAGAGAUGCACUCCCUCCCUGUGCACGACCCUCCUGUGCUGUGAGUGCGUGUGCUGACUUACCGGAGGACCGAGUAGAGGGGGAACUUCUCGAGGAUGAAUGUAGCCACUGUCGAGUUGGCGAACAGCAUGAACUCUUCCACCUGACAGACAGAUAUUUCGAUAGGUGGGUCGGGUCGGUGGGGAGGUGGGGAUUCAUGACUCCGCGCCCAACGUACCAGUUUGUUGGUCUCCCUGAGUUGGUACAUGGCCACGUCCGUCGGGUCGGCCGUCUCAGAGUCCAGCUCAAACUUCACCUGAACCACACCACACAAUGAAUGCAUACCGGCCGGCCGGCCGCCUGCGUGUCUGCAAGCGGGCUGCCAGUGUGGUGUGACCUACCUCGGGUGAGGCCAGUUCGAGCGCCCCCUUGGCCAUUCUCCUCCCACGAAUCUGCCGGGCGAGAUCCAGCAAGAUCCGCAGGUUGAUGGCCAGCUGGCUCCUGACCAUAUGAUAUGGCCGCACAAGAACGAACCAGGUGAAACGUUCGAACAUGUGUUCUGAUGGGUUGUGUUCGGUACUUACUUGUCAUUUGGGUCGUCAAUGAUUGCCUGCGCCUCCGCGUAGGCCAGGGCAGCACUGGACCUGUGAGAGAGAAGCAGACAGACAGACAGACGGGAUGGAUGACUGUGUGGACAAUCGACGGGCACAUAAGGGUGGUGGCUCUCACUUGAUGACAGACUUGUGGAAUUCCGUCUUCUUGACUUCAGCCUGGUGCAAGCAAGGGACAGAGAGAGCCGGCUAUCCAUGCAGACAGAAGCGGGACUUGACCCCCCCUCAUCUACCUACCUUGGGUGUCAUUUCCCACAGGACAGAGAAUGCAAGCCGCUGACGGCCCCCACUGCAAAACGAGAGCAGCCGGCCAGCACCAAGUUAGUGGCGGGUGGUUGUGUUGUAGUGCAUGGCUGGCUGGCUGGCUGGCUGGCUAGGGCGGGCACUUACACGAGUGAGCAAAGGUCGGUGGUGAGGAGGCCGGGCAGCAUGUCGGUUCUCUUCUCCACCAGAUACACCGUGGUACACCUACAUCACAUUCAUCCACAAACGAAUGUCAGUCACAAGACAGAUCGUCCACCCACCCACUCACUCACAAACUCACCUUUCCGCGGCCUCUUUAUCGAUGGCAGUGUCCGGCUUGACGUAGUGCGUCACGUCCGCAAUGUGAACACCGAUCUACACGCCAGCACGACAGACAUCAGCAAGGAUGAGCCCGCCGCCUCAAGUACUCACUCGUGCAGAUAUAUACCCGGUAGUUGCCAUUGGGAAGGUGCUCGACGCUGAGAGCAUCGUCAAUGUCCUUGCAGCCUUUGUCAGAGCAACACACACGCAUUCCACUUUGCCCUCUCACCCAACCACCGCGCUGGCUGCUGCCUCCCUGCCUACGUCUGACCUGGUGGGUCGAUAGAGCAGACGAGUAUGUUUCGGAGAUCCAGCCGCCUCGCGAUCUCCUCUUCGGUGAUCUAAUUGAUGGACACAUAACACACACACACAUACACAGAGGAAUGGUUUUGUUUUGUUCCGUGCACGCACGCUGUACUGACUUGGAAGUCUGCAGGCGGCAGGCACUUGAGCACCGCCUCAGAGAAAUCUCUGACACAGAGAGAGAGAGAGAGAGCCAUGCAGAAGGAGACAAGAGGCGCCUUCCUCUCCCCGUCCCAACUCCGCCUCACCUGGUGAUGACGCCAUGCUCCUUGAGGAUGACCGCACUGCACACCACACCGAUCGACACAGCAACAGAACACUCAUACAUACACAGACUGACCGACCCACCUCUCCGUUGCCUUGUCUCCAGUGUCGCCUAGAAUCGACACCCAGUGGCCCUGAGUGGGGGAGUGGAAGGGAGACACACAUCAUCAUGAGCACGCGGCUUCGGCUGUCUGCCUGCCCCAUCGACCCGACCGACCGACCCGUGGGUAUCUUGAGAAUCGGUCCCAUGAGUCGAUGGCAACCACUAUACGCUUGUUGUCCAGCUGGUGGGAGUGCCGCGUCUGACAAGUGCGUGUGUGUAUGUCUGUGCUGUUUGGGUGCGUCCCUCCCUCCCCCUCUCCCAUUUCUUACUUUGAUGAUGAUGUAGGGUAUCCUUGGGUCAGCGGGGAUGAAGUACCGCUCUGUGGUCACCAUGGCGGACGAACCCACCUCUGCACGGCGCGCAUCCACACACAUACACAUACACAGACGAGCUCAGAUGGAGUUGUUGUCGUGAAUGCAUUGGCAGGCAGGCAGCCAGCUGACUCACUCACUCCUGAAGUCGUCCAGAGGUCUGAGGGACCCGCAGUACUCCCGCCAACCCCUCUUGAUGACCCCUACUACCUGCAGACGGACCAAACAAACAAGGCAUAUGUGUGUGUGGCUUUGUGGCUUCAGACAGGCUGCUUCCGCCCGCCCUCCCUCCCUCCCUCACUGACCCGUCCCGUUUUGCGUUCGGCCCCCAGUGCGGCUGCCUGCCCACCAGCUGCGGGCUCCACCUCCAUCCGGUCAGCCUCGGCCGCCUCGUCCUCCUGCGUGUCAUCCAGGAACUUGUCGUCCUGCAGGGCCCAGCACACACAAACACACUUAUGGAUCGGAGAGGGGAGGGGAGGGGCAGUGCGGUGGGCGGUGCAGACAGACAGACAGACAGACGGACUGACCUCUCCUGUGUCGUCGGCAGCGAUGAGCUGGACGGCCACCACAUCCCCAUCCACAGCACGGUUCAGAUCCUGGCGGCCAUGAAUCCUCACGUCGCCCUCAACCCCUGCGCACAAUAAGGAAGGGAUAUAUGUGCCUUGCCUUGUCCCUGCCUAUUUGCAACUGACCUUUGCAGGCCACAUAGCCCUCGAAGCACGUCGUCCGGUUCAUGCGCAGCACCCCCUGAAUGAAUGAAUGAAGGCCACACCCACCGGCGUGUGUGUGUGCAUACGGGGAUCCUCUAUCCUGUACCACGGCACCUGGUAGAGUUCCUUGAGCCUGAUCUUGUCCCUGAUCUGCGACUCCUUCAUGUGGGGGGGGAAGAACCCCUUGGACGGUUCCUUGGGGGUCUCCAGGCGAGAGGGCGCCACGCCGGCCUCGUCGAGCUCGUCCUCAUCGCGCAGCUCGUCUUCCGCAUCCUCGCGCGACUGCACAGCACACAGCCGACCGACAUGCACAUACAUGUGAAUGGUCUCUCUGCGUGGUGUAGUGUACGAGUUGUGCGAGCUUCUCCCCCGCGUUGGGGAACUUGUGUUUGAGCAUGUCGACGUACUCGUAGAUGGUCAUGGUCGCCAGGCCCUCCGCCGCAGCCCUCGCCUUGUUGCGGGCGUCGUUGGUCAGCAGCAGCACACGCUUCGAUGCCGUCGAUGCAUCAUGGCCCAGCAGCUCCUGCACAGAGGCCGGGUGCCGGGCAUACCUACACACACACAUGCACACACAAAUGCACACAUGCACAGACAGAGCGGUGCAAUAUAUGCAUGUAAUGAGUGUCUGUCUGGCAUCUCACCAGUGGGCAGCCACACGGAUGGCCCGGUCGUUGCGGUCGUUGACCGUCUCAUCUGACAUAUAUGACGACACACAAUGAGAGAGAGCAUGGUGCUCUGCUGCCACACCGCGUACGUACCUGCUUUUCUCGACACAUUGGUUGCCGAGAAGAACUCAUUGCAGAAGACAUAGAACCGCCGGCUGUCGUCUUUGGUGUCGACCUGCAUGGCGUCGGCGUCAUGACCUCUGUCCCUCUUGCGGUCCUUUAUCUUCUGCACCGACUCUCGAUACCGAUCCUGACAGACAGACAGACAGACAGACAGUCAAGCCACCCAAUCAGCCCAUAUAUAAUGAGCCUGUUAGCUACCGCCAUAUAUCUGCGUGUGUGGAUCCAUUCAUUGCAUACGUACCUGCUGGUCAGCCUUGCAGAGUGACCGAAGCCGCGCAUACGUCUGCAAGUUCCGAUGACGGACCUGGCGAAACACACACACAGCAGAGGUCAACCAACAGGUGUCUGUCACGCCUGCCGUGGCAGGCAUGUUCGUUCUAUGAGUCGAUGGUUUUCUUCUGCUGCUUGCUUGCCUCGUUGAGCACUGUCGAGAGGAUGACGACGUUGUCUAUGCAUGCAUCUUCCAUGAGGAAGUCGAUUUGGUGCAGCACCACAUUGGUGUCCAGCAACAGCAGACUCUCAUCCUCACUGAAUGUCAGGACGCCUGGUGCAACAACCACACCGCCCAUCCAUCCAUCCAUCCAUCUAUCCAUUGCAUGACAAACAUGCCCUCUGUGUGUGUGUCUGGCACCGCACCUGUGUUGUGCGUCGCGUCGCACACAGGGCAGCCGAACACGCCGCACCAGAUGUCAUCCCGGAGAUAGAUCUCCCUCACGAUCUUCCGGAUCUUGCCCCUCCGCGUUUUCCGCAGGAAUGUGUCAAUCCGCUUGUCCUCUGUAUCCACGUCCAUGCUUGGCUUUUCUGCGAAGAGCUUGAAGUCCCC